AUGUCGUACCAGCCGCUGAAAUUGCAGCACACCGUGGAGGUGGAGCCGGUGCAUGAGAACUACGCGCCCCCCUCGCCUAUUCGUCCAGAACAUCAAGAAUUUCACGACUUUGCAUUUAAUCCCACGAGCCCUAGCCCAGCUCUUGCUUUUGGCGGGACCAGCCAUCAGUUGACGAAUGAACCCCGAACCAUCAAGCAUGCUCCUACCUGGAGCUCGUCCACCAACACUACAGCUGUAACGUCCGAGAUCUCUAGCCUGCAGUCCGAUGGCAAGACAAAGUCAGGUCGCAAGGCUGUGUUGUCCCGAAAUGAUACCUGGACCUUCGAAAUCUUGGCUCUCAUAGUUGCGCUUGCUGCUGUUGCAGCUAUCAUUGGCGUAGUCUUUCGCUACAAUGGGCGCGCGUUGCCGGACUGGCCUCAUGACAUAACGCUCAACGCUCUCAUAGCUUUACUUGCGACCUUUGCUAACGCCACAAUAUCCGUGUGCCUGUCCAGUGGUAUAUCGCAAGCGAAAUGGAUCCGCUUCAAGCAAUCCGCAGCCCCUUUGUCGGACAUGGAGGCAUUCGAUGAUGCGAGUCGCGGCUCUUGGGGUUCGAUGAAGCUAUUGGCAACUGCCCGGGGCGGCUCACUUGGUACCUUCGGAGCUAUAAUUGCUGUGGUUGGCCUUGCUCUUGGACCAUUUGCUCAGCAGAUUGCGACUUACAAGGUCCGUGACGUCGAGAGCGAUAUUGGUGCCAUUAUUCCAAGAGCUCUCAACUACACAGGUGCCCUAGUCGGCAACACGAGCUCAACCGGAUACGUGCCCAUUUUGCCUUUGAAAGCCGCGGUGUACAACGGGUUGUUCGCAGAGAAUAACAGACCGGCUGCGUCUUUGCCUUUUACAUGUCAGAGUGGCAAUUGUGCCUGGGAAGCUUUCGAAACCCUUGCCGUCUGUCAAGAAUGCACGGACAUCAGCUCACUCGUCACACGGUACUGUCCGCCAGAGAUGGGUGCGUCACCAAACAUGUCGACAUGCGGCUGGCAAGUGCCACAAGGAGCGCAUCUCAACACCAGCUCCGACGUGUUCAGCAUGACAUCAUUCAUUCCUUCGGCGUAUGGCGAUAUGCCCCAUUCCACCAUGGUCCGAAUCAUCUUCAUGGGUACUGAAAAGCACGACGUUGCAGAUGCAGUAAAUCCCUGGGCAAAGCAAUGCAGUCUCCAAGCUUGCGUGAACACUCUAGCCUCGUCGGUCACAAACGGUAUACUGCAAGAGAACAUCACACAUACCGUACUAAAUCGUACUGUGGUCGAUAUCAGCUCACCUGGCGACUCCGACUAUGGUGUCUACAUCAAAGGCGACUCCAAAGAGCCAUAUCUCUUGGGUAUGGGUGCACUUCUCAGCAUACGCGGCUGGUUUAGUGCCAUCUUUACGAAUGGUUCUGCAACUCGCACAACCAGCGACUUCUCUCGCAGCAUCACAGAUUCAGAUCGUGCUGUUGUUGUGAACCUCACUGUCGGUGUCUCAUCGGGAGAAACAUUCUUUGAUACCGACAUCGUCACUGCGUUCUACUGGAAUUACUAUGAAUACCCGAGAGGCAUUGACAUGCUCAUGAGCGAUCUCGCUGUGUCGAUGACCACCGCCUUUCGAGGUUUCAUGGGUGCUGUACCCACCAAUGGCACUUCGAUAACGACGGAGUCUUAUGUCCACGUUAGAUGGGGAUUCGCGGUACUUCCCAUCGCAGUUGUCGUUGCGUGUUUGGUAUUCCUUCUUGCUGCAAUGGCCAUGACGCGGACUUCGAAAACGCAGCUUUGGAAGAGCAGUGCGCUUGCUGCUUUGUUCCAUGGCUUGGACAAGGAGACAAGGGAGCGAUUCCACGGAGAAGAUGGAUUGCAUAUGAAGAAGAGACAGGCGAAAGCAGUCAAGGUCAGGCUGUACACAGACAGCCGAGAUGAGACUUUGCUGGGGUCACCGCAAAUGUCUGAAGAGACAGGGCCAAAACUCCGACGAUGGAGGAGGAACACGCAAGCCUAG